GUUAAAAUUCCUCCGAGAGUCACAUCUAAGAGACCAUUGAUAAGAUUAUACAAGUAAUUUAUCACAAAAAUUUAUUUUUUAAAUCUCAGACCAUCACUAAACUUCAUUAACUACAAUAAAAAUGGGUCGUAAAUUUUGUGUUGGUGGAAACUGGAAAAUGAAUGGUGACAAGGCCAGUAUUACAGAGUUAUGUAAAAUUUUAUCUGCCGGACCAUUAGAUCCAAAUACUGAAGUUGUAGUUGGAUGUCCAUCAUUAUACAUCACAUUUGCCAAACCACUUCUUCCAGCAACUAUUGGAGUAGCUGCUCAAAAUUGUUAUAAAGUACCUAAAGGUGCUUUUACCGGUGAAAUUUCACCAGCUAUGUUAAAAGAUGUUGGUGCAGAUUGGGUUAUUCUUGGCCAUUCAGAACGUCGUGCAAUUUUCAAAGAAAGCGAUGAGUUAGUAGGAGAAAAAGUUGAACAUGCUCUUGCUGAAGGUUUGAAGGUAAUCGCAUGCAUUGGCGAAACCUUGGAAGAACGUGAAGCUGGUAAGACUGAAGAAGUUGUAUUCAGACAAACUGGUGUGAUUGCCAAGUAUGUUAAAGAUUGGACAAAUGUUGUGUUAGCAUAUGAACCAGUUUGGGCUAUUGGUACAGGAAAAACAGCAACACCACAACAGGCACAAGAAGUCCACGCCGCACUCAGAAAAUGGUUGGCAGAAAAAGUCUCAAAAGAUGUUUCUGAUAAUUUAAGAAUACAAUAUGGUGGCUCUGUAACAGCUGCCAAUUGUAAAGAAUUAGCAUCUCAACCUGACAUUGAUGGUUUCUUAGUAGGAGGAGCAUCACUAAAACCAGAAUUUGUUCAAAUUGUUAAUGCUAAACAGUAAAAACUUGAACCUUAUAUGUAUUUAUUUUUUAAAAAAAAAAAUUACUCAUAAUAAUUUUACCUGACCAUAAAAUGUUUUCGUUAAAAUUUAAAUUCAGUUUAUAUUUGGAAAGACUAAAUAAAGUGUUAUAAAAUUUCUAAAUUUA